GUGAAUAUCUGUCUCGAAUAUGGCUGCUCGUGUGCUAUUCUCCUUUGUUUUCAUUUCUCUGCUGUUUACUUAUUUUCCUUCACCUUGUUCUUGUUUGAAAUAUGCUGAUUCUAUGGUUGUUGCUGGAACCAAACAAGUUGAGAAAGUCAAUUUAGCUCUGUACUAUGAGGCCUUAUGUCCAGGGUCUCGUGAAUUUAUAUUAAAAUAUCUAGUGGAUGUCUUUGAUUUGGGUCUCAUUGACAUUGUCAAUCUCAAGCUAGUCCCCUGGGGCAAUGCUAAGCUCACACAACCAAAUGAUACUAUUGUUUCCCAGGUCACAUUUACACAUCUUCAUCCUCCUCAUUUGAUUUUACUUAUAAUUGCUCCUCUUUCAUUAUGCUCUGUAGGUGAAGAUGAAUGUUAUUUCAACACUAUACAAGCCUGUGCCAUUGAAGCCUUGCCUGACCCAACGAAACAUUUCAAGUUCAUUCACUGCGUAAUAAAGAAGACUUCAAAUGGACCCAUUCAUGGUAAGGAAGAAAUCUGGAGAUCUUGUUGUCAAGGACAGAAGGAAGUUGAACAGCACAUUCAGAAUUGCUAUGAAAGUGGGCAUGGAAAAGAGCUUGAACUUAAAUACCAUGAUGAAACUCCAGAUCAUGAUUAUGUACCGUGGGUGAUCAUUAAUGACAAACACAUUGAAGUAAUUUUCUAACCUCUCUAUCUUUCUCUCUUUCCCUCAUUCAACUUUUCAUUCACUUUCUCAUUAUCUAUAACUUUGUAGGCGAGGAUCUUCAGAAUUUGGUGGUUUAUAUAUGUAAAGCUUAUAAAGGCAGUCAAGUUCCAGAGGUCUGCAAAGCACUGCCACCAGCCGUGGCCAAAGCUACUGAAAAAGUAAUUUCAAGCACUCAUGUCUGCUACGCAUACUGACAAAGCAUGACAUUUCUAAGCUAUGACUCUUCUCCUGGGAUAAAGUUAACCUUGACUGGUUCAUCACUAUUAGCAUAU